AUGUCUAAAAUAUCAAACUCUAUUGUCGUUCACAUCUUGAACGAGUAUUUCACACCUCACUACAAACCAAAGCUUUGUCAUCCCUCGCCAUCUCAGCUCUCUGGUCUCCUCCAUCUCAACCUUCCCUCGCCAUCUAAGCCACCGUUGAGACGCCUCUGCCCGCCUCCGUUACCGUCGAGUCAGCCAACUCCUCUUCCCAUUACCAUCGCUCCUCCACAAAAGUUGCCUCUUCCAGCUGCUGCCGCCGUCGAGACAGGACACCCUCUUCCCGUCUUUGCCGUCGUCGACACUCUUCCCGUCGCCUCACUAGUCGACGUCUCCAUCGCCGUCACAGCUUAUAUGAAACCUGAUACAAAGACUUAUAAUUGGGUGAUCCAAGUAUAUACAAGGGUUGAGUCUUAUGAUAGGUCAGUCGCAAAAUGUAUUUCUCAUAUUCAAAGUUCUUCCAUUUGUAGAGUUAGAUGUUAUUGUAUGCCAGACAUUUAUAGCCUGUUUACUUGGUGUAAAAUAGUGUGCACUAUCCAUUAUUGACUUGACCAAAGUAUCCUAAAACAUUAUACAGGAAAACAAUGUUUCACCUGUUG